AUCAAAAUUACUAGAUUCUCAAACAAAAUUCCAGUUAUGGAUACAAGUGUCAUAGAUAGGGUGCAAACAAGAGUUGAUCCAAACCUUCAAGAAUAUUUCUCAUGUUUUGGGAGUCUCCAACUUCGUAUUUCGAGGUUGCUGCAUAUUCUGAUGGGUACCUUAGGGUUUUUGAGCUGUUGAAUCCUUUGGAACUAAAGAAUUGGCAACUUCAGGCCGAGUUUCAGAAUGUGAUCGAUUCUCUAUCGACGCUCGGUAAAUCUUCAAGUUUAUCUGCAUCUGUUUCUUGGAAUCCGAUGAAAGGUGAAGAGCAAGAACCAAGCUUUGUUUUAGCCUUCAACUCUGACUCUCCACAUCUUAACUCUUCCAAGAUAUGGGAGUUUGAUGAAGCUCAUAACAGAUGGUUGGCAGUAGCAGAACUAGCCUUACCAGAAGACAAAGGUGAUCCAGUUUAUGCUUUGUCAUGGGCUCCAAAUAUUGGCCGACCAUACGAGGUUGUUGCUGUUGCAACUCAUAAAGGCAUAGGAAUAUGGCAUGUUGGUCUAGCUCCUGAUCUUGAAGGAAGGCUUCCAGUAAAGAAGCCAUUAAGGUUCCCCAUUGGAGCUGCUAAUGACAAGACGAGGUGUUAUGUGUACAUGAAAGGCUCAAAGGACAAUUCCUGGAAUUUGAAUUGCUCUGUUAUACUUCAGAGUAUAGCUAAUGGAGAAGACUCUACUCACACACAUGCUCUUGAGUGGAAAUUGUGUAAGAGUAUGAAGAACAAGUGUAGCCAAGUGCUCGAUGUUCAAUUUGGAGUUUCCAGAAAGAGUCUUAAGAUGGUUGCAGCAUACUCUGAUGGGUACCUUUGGUUUUUUGAGCUGUUGAAUCCUUUGGAACUAAAGAAUUGGCAACUUCAGGCCAAGUUUCAGAAUGUGAUCGAUUCUCUAUCGACGCUCGGUAAACCUUCAAGCUUACCUGCAUCUGUUUCUUGGAAUCCGAGGAAAGGUGAAGAGCAAGAACCAAGCUUUGUUUUUGCCUUCAACUCUGACUCUCCACAUCUUAACUGUGCUGUGACGGAGACAUAAUGUGUUGCUGCUUUUGUAUGUGUCUGGCAUAUUGAUUGAUAUGUGUAUAUUUGGUUACAGUUGUGUAUAAUCUUUGUUAUUUUCCUGUUAGGUUGCAAACAAGAGUUGAUAAGAGCUCUCACCAAUCUCACUAAUUUAUGUUUUGAGCGUGACAAGGGCAAAAAAUGGCAACCAGUGUCACUUGUGCACGAACACACUCCAAAUCUACUAACUUUUCGCCAUCAGUAUCAAUAAAUCUUGAAGACGACA